UCGCUAUUGCUGUUAAAUUAUUUAGUUCGUAAUGGAUCUGAAAGAGUAGUUACAUCUGCAAGAGAACAUAUUUAUGAUUUAAGAAGUCUUGAAAAUUACACAUACGUGGAUGAAUUUGGAAAAGAUCAAGGAAUAAAUGUCCGGCAUAAAGUGAGAGAAUUAAUUGAAUUUAUUCAAGAUGAUGAUAAACUCAGAGAUGAACGGAAAAAGGCCAAAAAAAAUAAAGAUAAAUAUGUUGGAAUGUCCAGUGAUGCCAUGGGGAUGCGUUUUGGUGGUGGAGGAUGGGAAGACACUCCACGAUGGAAAAAAGAUGAGUUUGGUGAUUGGGAUCCCGAUCGAGGAGGAGGCGGAGGUGGUGGCGGUGGCAGUGGCAGUGGUGGGGGUGGUGGAAAUGCGUGGUCUGGAGGUGGACGCCAGAGGGGUUUUGAAGAUUCCAAUAAUAGUGAUGAUUGUGAAAGAUAUGACUCAGAUACUGACAGUGGACCACAGAAAUCAAAAGCCAGAGAGUAUAAAGACAAAGAUAGUGACAGCCUAGACUCCACAGAUAAAAGAGAAAAAAGUAAACCAAGUACACCUUCCAAACACAAACCAGUCAUUAAGAAGAUUGACCUUGGUGCUGCAGCGAAUUAUGGGAAGGACUCUAAUUCGUCUAAUAGCAGUCCUUUGAAAAACAAUUUGAAUAAUGUUCAUCAAUCAACUCCGACAAGUGGAAGCGAAGAUUUAUUUGGAGAAAUUGUUGCUGGGAGAAUGACUGCUACAGAAGCCCCUGAAGGAGAUGAAGAUUUCAACCCUCGAGCCAGUGAAACUCCUGUUCCAGUAUCAGCAGAUUUUGGAGACUUUACUAGUGCAUUUGGGAAAAUUGCUGUUAGUAAAACAAGGGUUAUGUCUAUAGAUAAUUCACUCAAGGCCAGUUUCACCACCUUGUAUUAUGUGAUUAAUGUUGUUUAUCUUUGGCUAGACUGUGGUCAACAAUCGAAUGCUGAUUUAUUAUCUGGACUGGGAUCUUUUCCAUCUGUAUCAAAUUCAAAUAACUUAAAUGCAAGCGUACUGGACACCAACAUCAAUUCCACAGUUCCGUGCAGUCCUGAGACUCAGGGAGCUGUGGUUUCUUCAUCACCAUCGUCAUCACAAGAUUUGGCCUAUGGAUGCAAUGGGUGCAACAGUGUGCUAGAAGUCAGGGAUUAUCAAAGCAAGAAAGAAGUAGCCAGGAAUGUGAAGAGACCUCAAGAAUUGGGUGAAGAAAUACUGUUGACUCUGACCUCUGUAAAUUGGUCAAGUAGUUGUGAGGACUUAGAAAUAUUGAAAGAAUUGCUAGUGUCUCUGCUUGAGUAUUUUCCUGGGCCUCUAACGCCUCAGAGAUUUAGUGGCAUUGAUGUCGGUGUAUAUGAUAAAAUUAAUUGCACUUUAUACGUUUCUAUAUUUGAAGAGUUAUUGAAUAAAUAUAGUAACAAUUGGUCAUUACAUUUAAAAAAGUUGGUGGAACGUGCUCUGGUAGAAAGUAAUGAUGUUGUUCUUUUUGCUGAAUCUUUAGCUCUUCUAUCAAAUUUCGUUAAAGAGGCAAGUGGGAUCAGUGGUAAAUUACUCUUUGUUGUUGACUUGUUGACAAAGUUAAUUCAAAGUUACGAUUUUUCUUGUUCCUUUCUUAUAUUGUGCAAAAUGAUGAGUUACAAUGAUGAUGGUAUAGAUUAUAGGUUAAUUUUGAAUGAUUUCAUUCAGAAUAUUUUCUCAUUACCUAGUAAAGUAGCUAAUAAGUUGCGUGAAAACACACCAUCUUUAUUUAUGGUGAACACUUACAUUAAGAUUCUUUGCUGUCAUUUGGGACGUUGUGUGCAAUUUUUAUCUUAUGCUCAUAAACAUAAUGUGAAAUUUUGUAUUUUGCCUUUAACUACUUUGUUAGAGAAAGUAGUGAAUCACGUUGAUAUAAACAAUGCUGGUAGCCUAUCAUUUUUAUUAUUGGUAUUUGAUUGCUGGUCAAGUGAUGUUGAUUAUAUGUUUGUUGUUCAGUCAAUGUUAGAAUGCAUGAGAAGACCUUUCGUAGAGAAAUUGGCUGUAACUAUUUUAAGAGUAUGUCAAAAUCCUUUGUCUGUUUGUAGAAUAUUAGGUAAUAUAAUUUACAAAUCAAAGGAUUGGAAAUAUUAUUUGUGUGUGAAAAUUCCUCUCUUAUCUUGCUAUGAUUGGAAAGAUCCUUUGAUGCUUCAAAAUCUGUUUGGAUACUUAGAAAUCAUACCUUGCUCCCAUGAGCAGAAGUGUUCUAAGUGUAAAAGAGAGGUGUUGGGUGAACUUGCUGUAAAACUAGCUAAUGUAUGGGGAGACAGAAGUGCCAUCAAUCAUUCUUCAUUAGAACAACACAUUUACAUCUCACAAGCUUUCAUUUUGUGUGUGAAAAGCUGUUGCUCUUUAAGCAAUCAUAGUAAUUACAAAUUUCAAAUCCAAACCAAGCUCUUCUCUGGAGUUCCGGUUCAUCUUGCAUCACCCCAUGAGAUUGUAAGAGCUAUUGGUAUGGUUACUAUAGAAAUUGCUGCAAAUCUCUUGUAUACAGAAGCAGCCUCUGACAAGCCAACUUUAGAUUUUGACUAUUCAGGUAUGACUGAUGACUCAUUAAAUGUUGUUUCAAAUUUAAGGCAGUUAUGCAGCAUGCAAUUUCAGAAUCAAAGAAAUUCCACUGAUGAAAUGAAAACAAAUUUUGUUGAAUCAGAAAAGAGUGUUCAUGAAAAUGAAUUGAGCAAAGGAAACAAUAUGUUAACACAAUUAGAAAGAGAGUGCCAGCUGGUAGGGGUAGAUAUUAUGGACGAUAGGUUAGAUGUUGGUGAAGAGACAGUUUCAAAGUUAAAGACAAAUCGUUUAAAGCUAAUAUCAAAACAAUGCAAUGAAACUAAACUUGAUCUUUCAAAAAAAAAGGGUUCUAGCAAAAUUCCAGUUAGUGACUUGGAUAGUGAUGAUGAUGAUGAUGACACAGAGGAAAGUAAUGAUUAUUCUAAUGUAAACACUUCUAAACAACCUAAAUAUCUUCGUGAUUUGUUGGAAGGUUUGUUAGAAACUAAUGAUGCUGAUAAAUUCACACAGAGUUUAGAGACUUGUGAGAAGUUGGUCCUCGCUCAGUUGCCUGAUGACGAUGAGUCACUUGGUAUAGAGUUAAUAGAUGUGUUAAUUUCUAUUGAGGAAAAGUUUUAUGUAGAAAAUUUUGAAAGUUUAAGAAUAUCAGCUCUUAUUGCAGUAGUGACUGUCUAUCCAGCUGUAAGUGCUGAGUAUAUUUGCUCACAAUUUAAUCAUGGUUUUGGUAAAUACACAAUAUCUCAGAGAAUUUUGAUGCUAGAUGUGCUUAUGGGUGCAGCAAAAAAACUCUCUAACCUUGCUAAUCCAAAGCCAGAGAAGCAGACAGAACCACCUGCAUUAACAGCAGAUAUUGUUAAAACUAGAAUAGAGAAAAAUACAAGGAGGUUUGGUUCAGCUCCUAAACAUUCUCAAAUAACUCAUAAGAACAGAUUUUCAGGUGUAGUAGGAUCCUUUUUCUUCCCAUUGUUACACGAUUUUGGACGUUCUAAAGGUAGUUUCUGGUAUAACGAUGACCUCUCAAAUGCUGAUAAGGAUUAUUUGAUUUUAACUCAUAUUUUACGGACAUUACAUGUUAUUACUAUGUGUGCUGUUAACACCCCUUCUUGUGCUCAAAGAGGAAAAGAGUUACUGAAUAUUGUGUGGAGUUUAAGAUACCAUUGUGAGGCUAAAGUUCGCCUAGAGUUAAUGUGUUGUGUGAGAAGUGUGUUGUUGUCUGUGCCAAAAGUGCUAUUGCAAGCAGAGCUCCAGGAUCAAGUUCUGGAGUGUUCUUUGUGGCUGAAGGACUCUGCUAGUACAAUUCCUGGAAAAGAUACGUUGAUGAACAGUGCCAUAAUAGCUCCAAGCUUGGUGCCUCUUACUCCAGCCUCUGCAAAUGCCACCCAGCUGCCUCCCAGCUCGUCUUCCAAUACCAAUACUGCUGCUCCUCCUAUUGGAAGUACCUGGACCAAUUCUGGAAAUCUGAAUAUCAACAUUGACAAUCUAAGCAUUACUGGAAAUAAAAAUGCAAGAUCUGGAAAUGCUCCUUCUAUGAACCAGAUGGCAUUUAGUAGUCCUACAUCUCCAAUACAUUCCUUAUCACCACAGCCACAAAUUCAAGGUUUCAUGCCUGCAGCUGUGCCUGUGGGAAAUUCUGUGGGCAAUUCUGUGGGCCUCGGAAUGUUACCACCUACUCAUCGACCAAUGCAGCCCAUGUUGCAUGGAAUGCAGCAUCCUGCAGCUCCUUUGCCAGGACAGGCACCUCUCGUCAACCAACAAACCUUUUUUCCUGCAUUCAAAUGAGGGUAGCUGCUGUUGUAGAACUUGUGAAUCAAAUAAGGAAAGUGUUAAAAUCAGGAAUUUUAUUUGGACAUUUCAUUUGAAGAUGUAUCAGCUGCCUUGUGAAAGGAAGUUCUGCUUCAUGAUUGCCUUGGCAUUCAAUAGCAACUUUUUGGCAUGUUUGAUUUGCCCCAAGGUUAGCGGCACUUGUGUACAUCUGUAAGCUCUAGAUUUAUUUUCUGGUGUUGGUGACAUUCAUAACUGCCCUUUUUUAUCUGCAUUUGAAAUAUCAAUGUAAAUCUAAAUGAUCAUUGUUUGGUGCUGUUGGUUUGGAUUGCUUGUUUACCUUUUUGUGGAUUUUUAUUUAACUUUAUUAUGUGGAUGUGUAAAUUUUCAUCACCACACUUCUGGUGCCGAUUGAUUUACAAAUGCACAAGAAUAAUUAUAUGUUUAUCAUUUAUUUGUACAAAUCUCUCUGAGCCACAGCAGCUGUUAUGAAUUUCUUAGUUGUGUAAAAAAAAAAUUCGUAUUAAAAUUUACAUCUACCCAGCACAGUAGUUUAAACGUAAUUACAAAAAUUGGUGUCAAUUUAAUUUGCAGCUGUGUAUUGCUAGAGUUGUGUACUAUUGAUUUACAUUGCUGUUGCAAGUAUCUACAAUACUGAACUAAUUUAAUUGUUAAUUCAUUUCAGACAUGAUUUCAGAAAUUAGGUAAAGCUGUAAGUUAAAAUUUCCCUCUCCCUUUAUAAAGAAUUGAUCAGAUGAGUGAUGACAGCGAAAUUAUAAUAUGUCAUUAAUUGGAAAUGAAAUUAUUUUGAGGAUUUCAGCGACAAUUGUAAAAGAACAUACAUUACCGUAUAAUUUGUAUAUUGCAAGAAUGUAAAUGUUCCAAUCCAGAAACAUAAUUGAACCAGUAUUCUAAAUGCUUACUAGCUUGUGAAGGCCACACCAUAGCUUAUUUUUAUUAUUUGCUCAAUGGAAACAAGUUUAUUUGCAAUAUCAUUUAUAUUCCCAAAGUCUUCCAUUCUGUACUAGUUGCACCUCAAGCUAUUCCUUGAGCAGUGUUUUAGAAAUACAUUGUAGUGUGUAUAAAUAAAAUUGGCCUUUUCACAAACUAGGAAGUGGAAAAUAACAUGAGCCAAUGAAUAUUGUUACAGAUUUAACACUAUUUUUUGUGAAAGAAUGCUCUGUUAAAAUGAAUUGUAUGUUUCAUACUGUCAUGAUGGCAAUAUUGUUUAAGUGUUACAUCUUUCUAAUUGCAUGAUUUUUGCUAAGGUUUUAUACAUUAUCUGCAACAAAGCCUCUUUUGCAGUGAUAUUGGGAACUGCACAGUUGGACAAUUAUUGACAAUAUUGAAAUUAACCUCCCAUAGAGGCAAUUCCCUAAAUGGUCUUUAAAAAAUUGCAUUAUUUAUCCCUGUUAAUAUCAAAUUACAUUUUUCUGGAUCAUGUAUUAGUAGUCAUUGAUGUAAAACCACGUUUUGUAGUUUGGUCCAGAGCAAGAUUUGAUAUUUGUUCACUCUGUGAGAAGUAGGGUAAAUGACUUAUAUCACAUGUUUUGGAACAUUUCUUUUUGGUCAUUAUCAUUUAGAAUAUUAAUUGCAUGGUGAACCUUUAUAUGUAAAAUUAGUUUGUAUUUGUCAUUUCCUAAUGCAGGAUAUAUUUGUUCAACUUAAAAACAACUUUGUAUAUCAACUGUAUUAUAUGAUGUAUAUAUUCCUUACAGGGAAGUAUUAUAUUGCUCAUGGUGCUUGGGGGGAGACCUAAUUUUGUACAGUUAAAAAUAUAGCACAAAUGGGUAAAAUAAAAAUAUUGACGUUUGAGAAAAUUAAGGAGUUUCAUUUGUGUUAACAAUAGCAGUUCUUGAAAGGGAAGGAGAGUGUAAAGUUAUUAUAAAUUUGAUGUGAUUCACAUGUUUCUUUAUAAUAAUUACAUGAUGAAUAUUACCCUAGAUUUAAUAUCUUCUUUUGCUAAACAUCAGUUGCAAAGAGUAGAAAUACAGUACUGGUAUGAAAGACUGUUAAUUACUCCUUUCCAAUUCUUUGCCAAUUGAGGAGAGUUGUGCAGAGUUUGAUCUUAGACCCUACCCUCUGUUUUACCAAACGACAUGUCCUUUUCAUUUAGAAACAAAAUUGUGUUUGAUGAUAUGAAUGGUUUUUACAAAAAAGAAACAAUAAAUUGUAAGAUUUCAGACGUUUCAGAUCGGUUUUGUAAUAACAAAGCAAGACAGUAAAAAAUUCACUAGCACGUUUUUCAGCGGACUGAAGGG